AUGAAGAUUUUCAUUCUUAUCAUUCUUCAAGGUAUAAUACAUUUUUAUAAUGCAACUGUUACAUAUAUUAUGACUUAUUUACUAAAAAUACAUUAUUUUUAGGUGUCCUAGAAUUUUUUUUUAAAUUCUUUAUUUAUUGCUUCACAUGAAAUUCAGAGUUGUGGACAUAAUAAAAGUGAUAUAGCAGCAUAGUGUUACAUACAACAAACAAGAGCUGUUAACCCCAAACAAUAUUAAGCAAACAGACGGUUCAGCCCUGUACAACCAAAUAGAAAAAAAAGGUGGCAGCAAACACCCAAAAAUGCGGCUCCCUCAAAGACCCAACAGCUAUAGAAUAAUGCAGCAAAUCAGGAAAAGGAUGCGCCAAUUAUGAACAAAUGUGUUCAGAAUAUUAAAACACUAAAACAAAUAAAAAAGUACAAGUUGCAAAAAACCUUCUCCGCAACCAAGAAAAGGACCAGAGAAGAUAUUCUGGAGUCCACCAAGCACCAAACCAGAUCGAUAUUUCUACUAGCAUGAGUAUUUUCAUAGAGUUGUCUCCCCAGGAUUAAUCCCACCUGGUUAGUGUGGACUAGGGAGGUCACAUGUGGGUUAAGCCUUACCACCAAUGCUUUAAAAUCAAAAUUGAUUAAGGAGAUUGGUCUAUAGUUUGUCACCUGUGACUCGUCUCAUAAUUGUUUUAGGAUUUAGACGAUAUUAACUAGCACCAUGCCAGGAUUUAGAGUACCUCCUGUCAUUAAAUCUUUAAAGAGAGUUUCCAGAUAUGGCACUAAUUUCUCUUGAGAUGACUUGUAGUAGCUUAAGUGACUUGUAUUAGCUGCUAUCAAAGUCAUCUGGGCCUGGGGCCUAAGAGUCCUUAAGUGCUGCUAUGGCCCGGUGGAUCUCAUCUUAGGUUACUGGCAAGUCAAGUGUGUCAACAGCGUCGAUAGUCAGGGCUAGAAGAUCCAAGGUUCAUAAUGCUGUGCAUUAGUGUGCAGAGGAGAGUAAUUCUAGAGGGCAGUGAAACAUUUUACAAAUGUCAAUAAUUUCCUGUAGGAAUGUGGCCUCACCUCCCCACCUUCUUCUCCAAUAGAGGUGAUUGGUUUAAUACCUGGUCGAGGCCUAAUGGCUCAUGCAAGCAUGGCAUCCAUGUUAUUAGAUUUUUCAUUAAAAAAGUCAUUUGACCGGAGUAUAGAUCGGGCAUCCUCAUUUCAAAAGUCUUCCUUGAUUUAAUGUCGGCCUGCAAUUUAGGCAGCAAUUUCCCAGAGCACCAGCCUUGUAGAGACUUCUCAUUAUGGUACAUUAGGAAUUCUGGGAAUGGACAGCCACAGAAAGUCUGGGCGAAGUUAGAAGGGGAUGACUUGCAAAGACUGUAGACACGACAUCUACAGAUUGUUUGGUAAACCUCCAAUGAAAAAUGCAUAAUAAGAUGAAUUGGUGGUAUAACUGCUAAAUAGUGUUUUCUUUUCUUUAAUUUGGGUAGUAUCCACUUAAUGAUUUGUUCUAGCUCUACCCUGUAUCUUCUAUUAGGUUAUCUGCCUGGGAGGUUCCACACCUACAUGAGACAUAGCACAAAGAAAGAAAUGCAGAGCUUUCUAUAAUAAUCUCUAUAUAUUUUAUGUUUUUAAAAUAGCUAAAAAUGUUGCAUGUUACACUUAAGAAAGUGCAUGGUUUUGAUACUUAAUAUUUGUAGGUUCGAUUUAUGGAUUCAGGGUUUUUGUUAGAUGACAGGUUGCAUUUAUAUCUACAUUUUUUGGAUUGAAUGUUUGGCAUUAUCUUCAUUUUCUUUUUAAGUUUUAGAUUCCUCUGGCCAACAAUGGUCCUUUUUUUUCCCUUCACGGAUGGUAGCGCUGAUUGGUUCUUGUGUUGAGAUUCCCUGCCAGUUUGUUAAGCCCAGUAAUUAUACAUCUUAUAAUAUUGUAUGGUAUCGGCAUGAGAGAUUUUACGAUACAGUGAUUUUUAAAACCAGCGGAAUCUCAGAAACAAUUGCAUCUUACAGAGGACGCACAUCGUUAGUGAGAAAGGACAAAAACAAGUGCUCCCUGAGGGUAAAUAACGUGACGCUUGAGGAUUCUGGUCACUUUUAUCCAGGAAUAGAUACAAAAAUGAAUGCAUAUAAACUUCAGAACAAGGUUAUAGAACUUCAAACCACAGGUAUAAAAGUCUUCCCACAUUAGUACAUUUUGUUUACUGUAUGAAUAUAGAGUAUUAUGUAUGGAAAGUGAUCAGAGUUUAUCAGCGCAGGAUUAUCCAUAAUUCAUGGGGUAUAAUUUGUCAAACAUGGUUAUUUACUAAAUUGAGAUUCAUUAGGAAUUCAAAUCUAAGGCCCAAUAUGGAAACAUAGUGUUUCAGCUGUUUUGGCCUGAUUUUGAAAUUCACUUUGAAUUCCUAACAAUUUUCACUUUUGUUUAUAAUUAUGAAAGUGUUUUUUACAUGUAAAAAAUGAAAAAAGGGGAGAAGCCACCCAUGGAUUUUUCAAGCUAGCCUGACUGGUUUACAUAGUGAUUUUCCUAUUUUUAUUUCUUUUGACCAUUUUUUACAACAGAAAACUUUGAUAAAUCUCCCCAAUAGACUAAAAUAGCAUAUGCUGGCAGACAUGCUAGAAAAUCUUUUUAGUCAACAUGUUACCCAGUCAAUUCAUUCUAGCUCUCAUUCUUGAUGCUGACUUAAGGUUGCACUUCCAUAUUCUACUCAAGAAAUUCACAUGCAGUCUUUUACAGUAGCAGUACUUGAAAAAAGUUCUACAAAGUAAAAAAAGGGAUACAAGAUGUGAUAUUUUCUUUUCAAAUCAUUUUUAUUAAAGUUAUAAUGUUUUUACAGCAAAUAAUAACAAAUAGUCAAACAAGCUAUUCGGGGUAGGAAAGGAAAGGGAAACUUGGAAAUAGGAAAGGGGAUCCAUCCACAUUAGUUAACACAUGGAAUAAUGUACAAAACAUUAGUUAUACAUCGUUGAGCUAAACAAAAUAUAUAUUUUAUGAGAAAUAAAAAAAUGUAAUAUCGUCUAUAAGGUUAUUCAAUAUUUGUACAGAGUUCUAAAUUGCUGGGGGGUGGGUGGAACCCUGAGUGGGGUUCUGAAAAGACUGUAAUACUAAUGGAAAAAUAACACCUUCUAUUAUAUAAUUAGUGCCAGUGCCACUUUAAUGCUUCAUAUUUGGAGUUCGUAAUAUAGCACAGGGUGGGAGUAUGGCUGUGGUUGAGGACAAAGCAGAUGUCAAGUUUGUAAAUAUUAAAUUAUAUUAUACUCCAAAUGCAGUCAAUGAUAUGAUGUUAUAACAUGAUUCAAAAAACAUUUAAAAUGAAAAUGAAGUGCCAGGGACCUCAUAGCACCACAGCCGCUUAAUUUUGAUAAAGACCAGAGAGCUCCUUUAAGUAAUUUUGUGUGGGAGGAUGCGUUUGGUGGUAGAAUGGCAUAAGAGAGUGGUGGAGGAUUUAGCAUACUGCUACUUUAGCAUGGGAUGUUCCUAUGAACUGGUUAUGAGUCAGUCAAUAAAAGUGAAGAAGAAUAAGGUCGUUUAGUUCUCUUAAAAUAUCACAUGGAGUAGAAAUGCUAGUCAAAAGAAAACAAUCCACAAUUAUUCAUUAAAAUAAAUAUUAUUGUAUAAUAGCCUCUAUGUGUAUUAUAUUCUGGUUCAUAUACUGAUUAGCUACAACAUUAAAACCACUUGCCAAAUAUUGUGGUGUUACAACAACUCUGAUGCAUCUAGGCAUGGACUCCACAAGACCUUUGAAUGUGUCCUGUGGUAUCUGGCACCAAGACAUUAGCAGCAGAUCCUUUAACUCCUGCACGUUGCUAGGUGGUUUCUUCAUGCAUCAUAUCCGACAGAUGCUUAAUUGGAUUGAGAUCCGGGGGAUUUGGAGACCAGGCAACACCUUGAAUUCUUUGUUGUGUUCCUCAAACCAUUCUUGAACAUUUUUUUCUGAAAGUGGCCACUUCCAUCAGGGAACACCAUUGCCAUGAAGGGUGAAUUUUAUGGGAACCUGUAACAAUCUCUGGGUAGGUGUAUGUGUCAAAGUAACAUUCACAUGAAUGCCAGAACCCAAAAUUUUCCAGCAGAACAUUGCCCAGAGCACUGCCUCCAUCAGCUUGCCUUCUUCCUAUAGAGCAUACUGCCAUCUCUUCCCCAGGUACACAACCAGCCAUCCACCUGAUCUAAAAGAAAAUGUGAUUCAUUAGACCAGGCAAACCUUCAUCUAUUGCUCAAUGGUCCAGUUCAGAUGUUUACGUCUCCAUUGAAAGCUCUUUCAGAGGUGGACAUGGGUCAUCAUGGGAACUGUGACACAACAAACUAUGAUGUACUCUGUGUUCUGACACCUUUCUAUCAUUGACAGCAUUAUAUUUUUCAUCAAUUUGAGGUAUUGUAGCUCUUCUGUGUGAUCGGACCAGACAGGCUAGUUUUUGUUCCCCACAUGAAUCAAUUAGCCUUGAGUGCCAAUAACCCUGAUGUCAGUUCACCAAGGAAGUUAUCCUUCCUUGCACCACUUUUGGUUUGUACUAACCACUGCAUACCAGGAACUACCCACAAGUUUUUUUAGAUGCUCUGACCCAGUUGUCCAGCCAUCACUAUUUGGCCCUUGUCAAAGUCACUCAGAUCUUUUUGCUUGCCUAUUUUUUCUGCUUCCAACACAUGACUGACUGUCACUGGCUGCACAGUAAAUAUCCUACCCCUUGCCAGGUGCCAUUGUAACAAUAUAAUCAAUGCUAUUCACUUCACCUGUCAAUGGUUUUAAUGUUGGGGCUGAUCAGUGUAAAUUUAAGUAAACACACAUUUUUUAGAGCAUAUACUGCCUAUGCCUUGUUUUCUGUAAUCCAGCAGAAUUCCAAAAUAGCAAUUGUAUUAAUGCAAUCUCUCUAGCUGUUCCCAAUGUACUAGUUAUUCUAGAGCCUGGAGACAUGACAGAAGGAAAACCAGUAAAAAUCACCUGCUUAAUGGAUCACACUUGUAUCUCGGAUCCACCAAGACUUUGGUGGAACAAGCCUGGUCUGUAUAACGAUACAUAUCAUACUAAACUGAAAGAUGGAGUUUGGAGAACUAAGAUAGUGCAAAUGUAUAUUCCAUCGUAUCAAGAUCAUGGGACAUUCCUUCAGUGCACAGUUGCACAUCCUACUGGGCAAAUAAUGGAAACAACGGUUUUACUCCAGAUUGAAUGUAGGUAAUAUGUGUGGAAUGUCAUCACUACUUUAAAUAGUAAAUUAGUAACAAACAUAUUAAGGACUGUGGCAGAAAUCUAUAUGACAAGAAUAAAAAUUCAUUUUUUGUGCUUCAUUGUGUCACAGUAUGUCCAUGAAUCUAUUAGUGUAGAGCUCCUAGACCUGGUAUACAAAAAAAUAUUAUAUUAAUGAACUCAGCAGAGUUUUUGCUUGGAGGGUAUCAUUGUUUGCAUCUUUGGCCCCUAAAGGGACACUCUAGCUUUUUGGAAUGCAAAACACGUAUUCCUACUGCUAGAGAAUUUCUCCUAAAUGUUUAGAUUUAUGGGCACCCUCCUUAACAAGUAAAAUACAAAGUUUUACUUAACUUUAGUUUACCGGCAUUGUGUGCUGCACCAAUCAGCAUAUGCUCAUAGAGAUGCAUUGAUUUGGUUUCUGCAGGACAAAAAGACACCAAACGUUGGUCCAGCAAAGAUUACAGGACUGCUCCAGUAAUUGAUUCCAUUGACUGUCUGAGUGACAUUAUAAUUCUCUGUUUACAGUAUUUACAUUGCUGAGGCUGCAGGGUCAGUCUCUUUGCUCCAGAACCAUUGCGUUAAGCUCUAGCGGCCCUUUCGCUUAUAUUCGGCCUCUUUCUAUUAUUGAUAUUCUGCUAAUGUAGGUAUGGAGACAAAAACGCACCACUUCUGUGUCCCCAACCCCUCUCCCAGUUUCAGGAGAGUGGCUGAAUUAAUGGGGUCAGUAGCAAAGACUAAUUGUUGCCUAGAAGUAUUAUUUAAAACAAUCUCAACGAAGACAUGUAUGAUGUAGUAGCACCAAAGAGUGUCUGCCACACCACACAAAGUGUUUUUACUGCAUUGUGUAACAUUACUCAUUCUAAAGAAUAGAAUUUGAAAAACCAUUAACCCCUUAAGGACACAACUUCUGGAAUAAAAGGGAAUCCUGAAGGGGUAAAAUUACAGGCAUACGUAUGUGUAUUGCAUGAUCUGAUUAGAUGUGCAUUGUCUGCUGUUACAUAGUGUCAUGAUGGAGUGCACUCACUAGACUAAAUAAUGUUUAUUUGAUGCUUAAACACAAUAUGCUCCAUCGUGAUACUCUACAUACAAACUGCAUUACGGAGUGCUAUGUACGGAAAUGAGUUCACAGCUUAUUCUUAUGUAAAAUUGUGUAGUUCUGGAUGUGUGCUAUGAAAAAUAAUUUUAAUAAUUUGGUCCUUAAAUUAUUAGAUGCUGCCAAAGGAGUUACAAUUAUACCUGGGAAAAACAAGUUCAGUAAAGGAGAUACUAUGGAACUGAUUUGUAAUUUCUUGGCCUGUAAUCCAGAACCAAGCCACUAUACGUGGUAUCUGAACAGUUCUGUUCUAAUGAAUGAGACAGAGAAAAUCCUGAUUAUGCAUGACAUCACCUCAAAGUUAUCUGGGAAUUAUAUCUGCGCAGUACACAAUGAAAUUGGAAUAUCCUUGUCUAGUCAUUCCGUUAUCAUCACUGAUAAUGAUACUGAAUCAAGUAAGUGUGUUUUCACAGAAUUCACAGUUUGAAAUACAAUGAAGAAUACCACUUUUUGGCAAAGGUUUUUGUAUAUAUAUAUAUAUAUAUUUUUUUUUUUUUUCAUUUAUUAAUUUAGCUGAAGCCAUUAUAAGUCAAUAUAUAAUCAUGGAACUUUUUUAACCAUGAAAUCAUGUACCCUUUUCAAGUGAGCUAUCACUUAGGAAUUAGUUUAGAAGCAUUUUCAGGUUGAUUAUUGACACAAUUUAUGAUAAAAUAACUGAUUUAGAGAUGUUUUUCCAAUUCUUUUGCUUUGGUCUAAAUUUGGCAACUUGUUUUUUACCACACCUCAGUCCAUUCAAUGUAUUUUAACUAUUUAAUCUGUUUUACAUUUAUAAAUAUAAAAAGAUAAGUCCUGCGCUCACUCCUAUCACUCCUGGGCAGCAGCAACGACCACAGUACACAUCAGCCCCAAUAUAUAGUAAAAACCAAAACUCUCUCCUUAAUCCCUAUGUAUAUUUAGACAAACGGAGGUCAUUUAGUUACUCCACUAGCCAUUGGAGGGAAUGAACACCUGUCAACAUCAAGACCCCCCUAAGCGGGUCCUAACACUGACCUUUCACCUUGCUUCCUUGAGCUUCUGGCAAAGUUAUCUCUAAUGAGACAGAAAGGGGUAUUUUUUAUAUACACCCCAUAUAUAUUUAUUAACCCUUGAUAGGGAACACAUGGGAUGGGCGGCAGCAUUGCAACAAAGCUGUGUGAUACAAAAAGUGAAUACAAAUAUAAAAUUAUAAGUCAUGCGCUCACUCCCAUCACACCUGGGCGGCAGCAAUGACCACAGUACACAUCAGCCCCAAUAUAUAUAUAUAAAAAAAAAAAAAAAGUUACCUGCGCUCUCUCCUUAAUCCCUAUGUAUAUUUAACUAAAUGACUUCCAUUUGUCUAAAUAUACAAAGGCAUUAAGGAGAGAGCCCAGGUAACUUUUUUUCCUUUGGUUUAUAUUUAUAUUUAUAUUGUUGCAAGUAAAUGUACUUUCCAUUUAACCUAUAUGUACAUAUAUUCUACAGAUCCUGAAAGCAAGUCUACAUCCUACACACUGAAUCCUACAAUUAUCAUUGUGCCUGGAAUAAUAUGUCUGCUUCUUUUUCUACUGAUUGGCUUCCUUUGUUGGAGGUAAAGGGUCUUAUGCAGAGCAUACAAUGGGAAGUUCAACCCAGGGGACAGACGGGAGCAGGUGGAGUGGGUGAAACCUCAUACCAGCACACAGUCACUGGUUGUAGAAUGUUGAAGUGGGUCACGGCAGGGGCUAUGUACGUCCCUCUACCUACUUACUCAGUGAGGAUUAGAGCAUGGCACUGUCACAUAUGUGGAGGGGAUGGGAACAUACCUUAAUACCAUCAUUUUUAAUUGAUUAUAACCUCUUCCACAGAUAUAGAAAGUUUCAAAAGGUGUUAUGCUGUGUGGCAAAUCAAGCAGAGGUUAGUAUACAGAAAGUUUUAAAAGGUGUUAUGCUGUAUGGCAAAUCAAGCAGAGGUUAGUAUACAGAAACUUUGAACAUGUUACAUAAAAAUACAAAAGUGUAAUGAUAGUUAUAUGUGUGUGUGUGUGUGUGUGUGUGUGUGUGGUAUUAGUGGUUAUAAAUAUCUAGCACUUACCUCAUUGGUCAUUCAUUCAAGAUAAUUCAGCACACUUUUUAACUUUGAUCACGUUUCCAAUCCUAAACCAUCAACCACGUGAUUAAAAUGUAUUUUUAACGAUAAACAAAAGGAAAAAUUAAACUGAAGCUAAUGUGAUUUUUCUGCUUACAUUUUUAGGAUGCCAAACCUUCUGAUGCCGUAUAUGCUGAUCUUCAGAUGGAGAAUAUUAGCCCAGAAUAUGAUGAAUUAAAGGUGACACCUUAGUACUAAUUACCCAUGUAUUAGAAAUAUGUAAACAAUAAAGAUUUAAAUGUCAAUUAAUUUAAUAUGAAUCUAUUUCAAAAGGUAAAAAGGAAGUAUUGAAAUAUGACAAAUCUAGCAAAGUUCUUUCAUUUUGGACAAAUUGCAUAUUAUAAACUAAGCAUGACCUUUUACAUCAUAUCUCAACUAUGAACUUCUAAAGAUUUUGAUCAUUUAUUUUUUUUUCUUUUGUAGCUACACAAAGAGAAGAUUCAUCACCAUAUUCCCGUUGAAAAUAUUUAUGAGUCAGCACAUUAGGAAACUGUUUCAGAAAAGAUUUAAAAUUGCCUUGGUCAAUAAAUGCAAACAAAUAUAAUUAGUGAAAAUUAAACACAAACAAAACAUACAGAAAGCUUUGUUUACAGCAUUCAUACUUAGAUAGUUAGAUAGGCAACUCAAAACCCAAACCUAGAGUAUCUUAAUUUAAGUCCAUUAGAAAACAUGAAAUGUGCCCCCUCUCCUCAUUUUAUGUACAAAAAAAUGAAUAGAAUCUCUUGCAACCAAUGCAACCUCCCUCCUUUGGACUGGAAACGGAUAUCCGGGUCCAUGCUGGGGAAACUCACCCCACUAUUACUGAGGACUCUCCUGCCGUACCAACAACUGCAUGGCUUGCCCAAGAUGGUUGCCACAUCACAACUUCCUCAUCUUCCGGAGAGCUUGUCAAUCCACAGCUGGAUGUAGCACUUUAAAGUUUGUUUUUAUUGGAUAUGCCAAAAGCUCUGGGAGCGUAUUUAUAACUGCUAUCCAAAAACUUCUCCACCUGCAGAGUCUGUAGCCUCCAUUGCUAUGCCAGAGCACUGACCCCACUCUUGGCUGGGGACCUUCAUGGAGGUACCUCUGAAGAGCCUUCCAAAUAACCGACAGGCUCCUCGAACCUUGCAGCACCCUUGGACCUGAUAAAAAAAAAAUUGUGGGGUCCAUAUGUUUUUGUAAAGUAUUUGGGGUCCAUAUUAUGAUUAUGUAUUUGUGUGUUUUUUUUUGUUUUUUUUUACAACUGCGGUUAUAUUUGUGUUUUUUACUUUAGGAAAAAUAGUUGAUAUAUUUGGUUUUGUUAGUUCCUAACCAACGGAUCUCUAUGGUAAAAAUAUAUGCAAGUUACAUUUUUAAGGAGUAAUGUUAUUAACAUUCUAAUUUUAUGUAUGUGUUUGUUUGACCACAUCACAAAAACAUAGAAAGGAUUUCUUUGUUCAUGGCAUAAAUUCAUAGAAAUAUCUUCUAACUGCAGAAGCAUUUACAAACAAACAUGUGGACUGUAGAAAGAAUGCCAAAACAUGUUUGGAUGAAUUUAAAUGUGGGAAUUAAUUCUUUAUACAAACCAGAGUAAUAAUAGUGGGUAGCUCUUCUGGUUUAUAAAAUGGGGACCUUCAUAAGCUGGAGGAAUGUGUAUUAUGUAUUAAAGAAUCUGGGACAAAAUACAAUUUAAUAUGGGGAUCAAAUUAUUCAUUUGGUGUUCUUGAUGUGGUUUUGCUGAGAUUGAAACAUCACUUUAUCACUGUCGGGAGCUGGGUAACACAAGCCCACUGUCAGGACCUGUGGUUCCAUGUUUGCGGAGCUGUUUGCAGAGUUAUAAGGAGGGUCGUGCUCUUUAAAAUCACCACUAACAAGUAAGAGAUGUAAUGGGAGCUGACUGCUAGUAGGAGCACAGUGCACUUUUUCCCAUCUACAAAAUAAAAGUCUUAAGAUUCUGCAGCCGUUUUCCAAAAAAUGAAGAGUUGAGUCCCUUGAGACUGAUAUUAGUUGAGAGAGAAUCAUGAUAACGCCUUGUUGAUUAUGAUUAUAUUCAAGCAGGGAAUAUUUCUAGACUAGGCAAAGCAAAAGUCAUUUAAUAGGAGAAAAGAUGCUACUUGAGGCUUUACAGUACUGUGCACACCUGUGUAUCAAGAGUGUAGAUACGGGUAAAAGGUCCUGCAGUUAAUGCAGAUUUAACACUUGUGGACAAAAAUGACUAUCUAACAGUAAAAAAGAGAAUCUUCAUUUUCACCUUGCAGUUAUUGAACACAGUUUGUAAAAUAAUCUGCCUCAUUUAUUCUACCCUGUCCCCCCCAUGUAAUGACAUGUGGGUACUCUGGCUGAGUAUUCCCAUUACUUCUCAGCUUUCUGCGCUAUUAUCAGACCACCCUGUAUAGCCUUUCUGAGCUGAAGUAUGCAGUGCAGUUAGGAGCACUCAGAUGCCCAUCUCAAAGUACUCUGAGCUGUAUUCAGAGGUGAAACAUAGCCUGUGGUUAUAGUAGUGAUCAUAGCCUUUACCCCUCACCAUGAGUCGAGACUACUAGCAUAUUAUUAUUUUUAAUAUAAAAAUGUUACUGUCUUUACCUCUAGAUUACCACUUUCAUUUUCUGAACACACAGUUUCCAACUGUUAUUUUAAGUGAAUGCACUUUACGCAUAUUUAUUGUGCAUAUAGUUAAUAAUAUUUUCAGUGAUAGAAUGUGGUUGGCAACAUUUUUUAUUGUAUAUAACAAAUAUUUGCUAUCUUUCUUAAUGUAUUGCCCUUCCUAGCAGUAAACACUUUCACCUAUCUUUGACUUUGAUUUAAUAUUUUUGGAUAAACCUUUCAAUGAUCACAAUCUGUUAGAAAAACCUUUCAAAUGAUUUAUCUACAGAAGUCACCAUUAAAGUCUUUGGGAAUUUUUUUUAAUUUUUAUUGAGAAAUCAUGUGAAAUGUUUUUCUAACAGAUUGUAAUCAUUUAAAAAAGGCUUAUCCAAAAGAAUUGAAUUGAGGCGGAUGGUCUCAGGAUUUCAGUGUAAAAUUCAUUGUAUCUAUACCUCUUUGAAAGAUUAUUGUAAAGCCGAUAUUAUUUAGUAUGUGUAUGAUAUUUUUAGCUACAAACAGACUUUUAACUUAAAGAACCCAUAUAAAGUUCUAAACAACAUACAAAAAACACACAUUUCUGGUACGAAAUAAAACAAAAAACCAUUUAAGAUUACUAAUUUUAUAAUUUUUAUAAUGAAUAAAAGAAAUGAUAAACUCUUACGCAAAGCUAUUACGAUAAACUCUCAAUGGUGAAAAGACUGUCAAGGAUGUUGUCACAGGUGAUGUACUUCUCUUUAUUCUUUGUAAGCACAACCCAUGACGUGUAAAGUACAGUAACACACUGUUUAACUCAGUAACAUGGGUACAUUUACUUCACUGCAGCUUCUCUCAAUCUCCAGAAAAAAAGACAGAAAGAAUGCCUGUGAUUUUCUGGCUAAUCCAUUGCUUCUCACAGAGAAGCAUUGAGAGGCUGAGUGCAGGCACUGGAAUUGCUGCACUGACCCAGCAAUGCUUGUCAUAGAGUAUUAUUGAAUCCAGUGCUGCUCUGAGAGAAGCAUUGCCUUACACUUUGUGCUGGGCAUAAAACAAUCAGACUGAGCACCCUAACUCUUGAUUGAGAAAAUGUAUGGCUGAACAAUUACAGAACCUAUUGACCAUGUUCACCUGCUAUAUGGAGUGUGCUGCAGCCAAAUUAUUGAACAAAAAGUAAAAAUGAUAUAUAUUUACAAGGAGAGGCGGACAAUCUCCCAAUGUAGGGCUUGUUUCUUAUGAAGAAUCUCCUGCAACCAAUAUUCACUCGCUUCUUGGACUCCUUGGAGAAGCGAGGCAUGUACUCUACCACACAAGAUGACAACUAGACAAGCAGCAUCCAAGAGGUAAGAGGAGCCCCUUCAGGCAUAACAAGCGCACAGCUACUCUCACACAUCAAUUCUCACCCACCUAGGUCCCCCAAAGCAUCAUCCACGCAGACAGAAAACAGACCGCCGCCAAGCUGGCUACACACCAUCAAGGUCUCCUGUUACACCAUAGGGGGAAAGGACUUGGACUCACAGAGUCCAGGACUCAGCUCAAGUCCAUGGCCACAAGAUGCCGACCCAAACACAGUCCUGGGGCUGGAAGGGGUUACUGCCAUUGCACCCUCCAUGAUGACACCCACCGUGACCUCCAUGCAUUUUUAACGCUUUUUCCCAUGUUGGGUAUAGGCUGAAUGGUAUAGGCUCAUAUACAGGAAAAGCACAGUGGUCCCCAUUCAAAGCCCUCCUUUGUCAAACGGACAACAUCCAGUUCCCUAUGCAGCCUUCUAAGCCGACAUCUGCAAACAUCAUUGCAUUCUUUUGUAUUCUUUUAUGUUCUUUUAGUUUCUCACUAUUUUAUUUACGAAGUAUUGCAAUGCAGUUUCACUCUCAUGUUUUGCUAGUCUCAGGGAAGUUAAUGCCCGUGAGUUAGGCUAACACAGUUAACCUUUGCAUAGUUAAGCAUGUUUCACUAAUUGUACUAUAUAAUAUAAAAUGGUGAGGGCACACACAAAAUAAAAUAUUACCACAAACUUUAGACAAUGAUGGUAAAAUCUAAAAAUGAUGGUAAAAUCUAAAAAAUAAAAUAGAACAUACACAUAGGGUAAUAUAGUUAAAACUUGUUCUAUGUAUUAAAAUAAAUGGAUCCACUCACGUGGUUCUGACUCACUCCAAAAUCUGCCUCAAACUAUACAGAAGGAAUAGGUAGAAACUUGAUGUGGGUCAUGAUACUGGGUUCACGACUGUUGUCUCUUAGAUGCAGCACCAAAAUAAAAUCCAGGAUGCCGGAUAUAGGUGUAAGAGGUCAUUCAUAACUUUAUUGGAACAAAUAGUAAAAUAGAACCUUACAGUAAAAAUAAAGUCCACCUCCACUUAACACGUUUUUCUGCUUGCUCGUCUUUCUCAAAAGUAGUUUAGCUGCAAACAUCCAUAUAGUUUUCCCUUUUAUAUCAAUUUUAGUGCCUUUUUCCAAGAACUCGUUCAUCACUUCCGGGUUCGUCAUUUUCUCACAUUCAUGCGCAUCCUUGCGUCUGACAUGGGACGUGCGGUCACGUGCGGAUUAGAGUAUCGGCACUCAAGUCGAAGCUCCAAUUCACAAUCUUGUGUGUUCUAAGUCCAUCAUAUAUAAUCUAUUUGCAGCUCUAAUGCAUAGAACAGGUUUUAACUAUAUUACCCUAUGUGUAUGUUCUAUUUUAUUUUUUUAGAUUUUACCAUCAUUGUCUAAAGUUUCUGGUAAUAUUUUAUUUUGUGUGCUUUCACCAUUUUAUUUAAUAUAGUACACUUGGUUUUUGUGUGAUUGUAGCACCACACUGACCAUUUUUUUUUAUCAACUUUACUAAUUUAUUGCCAAUAAUGUUUCACUAAUUAUCUCCUCUCCGUGGAUUUGAUGAUUCUCUAGCCAUAGCUAGCAACUAAUUUACUAUCCACCAUGUAACAUUCAAUACGUGUCUUUACCUGUUAACACUGUUCUGCUGUAAGCUGCGAUGUGUCAGUUUAGCGUGUAUUCAAUAACUUUAAAAGUAGGCAGUCAUGUCGCAGAGUAUAUAUCGGUGUGCAUAUUACUGCAAUUUUAUUUUCUGUACCCAACCUACCUGUGCCUCAAUAAAAGAAAGAAUUGCAAAAAAAAUAAAUAAAUAAAAUCUCUUGAACCAAUGCAACCUCCCCCCUCUCCUUUGGACUGGAAAUGGAUAUCCCAGUCCAUGCUGGGGAAACUCACCCAACUAUUACUGAGGACUCUCCUGCCGUACCAACAACUGCAUGGCUUGCCCAAGAUGGUUGCCACAUCACAACUUCCUCAUCUUCCGGAGAGCUUGUCAAUCCUUUUAAUAUUGUUAUUAGUGAUAUUGCAGAAGGUCUUGAUGGUAAGGUAUGUCUUUUUGCUGAUGAUACUAAGAUAUGUAACAGGGUUGAUGCUCCAGGAGGGAUAAGCCAAAUGGCAAAUGAUUUCGGUAAACUAGAAAAAUGGUCAGAAUUGUGGCAACUGACAUUUAAUGUGGAUAAGUGCAAGAUAAUGCAUCUUGGAUGUAAAAACCCAAGGGCAGAGUACAGAAUAUUUGAUAGAGUUAUAACCUCAACAUAUGAGGAAAGGGAUUUAGGCGUGAUUAUUUCUGAUUACUUAAAGAUAGGCAGACAAUGUAAUAGAGCAACAGGAAAUGCUAGCAAAAUGCUUGGUUGUAUAGGGAGAGGUAUUAGCAGUAGAAAGAGGGAAGUGCUCAUGCCAUUGUACAGAACACUGAUGAGACCUCACUUGGAGUAUUGUACACAGUACUGGAGACCGUAUCUUCAGAAGGAUAUUGAUACCUUAGAGAGGGUUCAGAGAAGGGCUACUAAACUGGUUCAUGGAUUGCGGGAUAAAACUUACCAGGAAAGGUUAAAGGAUCUUAACAUGUAUAGCUUGGAGGAAAGACGAGACAGGGGGGAUAUGAUAGAAACAUUUAAAUAUAUAAAGGGAAUCAACACAGUAAAGGAGGAGACUAUAUUUAAAAGAAGAAAAACUACCACAACAAGAGGACAUAGUCUUAAAUUAGAGGGACAAAGGUUUAAAAAUAAUAACAGGAAGUAUUACUUUACUGAGAGGGUAGUGGAUGCAUAGAAUAGCCUUCCAGCUGAAGUGGUAGAGGUUAACACAGUAAAGGAGUUUAAGCAUGCAUGGGAUAGGCAUAAGGCUAUCCUAACUAUAAGAUAAGGCCAGGGACUAAUGAAAGUAUUUAGAAAAUUGGGCAGACUAGAUGGGCUGAAUGGUUCUUAUCUGCCGUCACCUUCUAUGUUUCUAUGUUUCUAUGUUUUUUAUGUAAUCCACAGCUGGAUGUAGCGCUUUGAAGUUUGGUAUUAUUGGAUAUGCCAAAAGCUCUGGGAGCGUAUUUAUAACCGUUAUCCAAACACUUCUCCACCUGCAGAGUCUGUAGCCUCCAUUGAUAUGCCAAAGCACUGACCCCACUCUUGGCUGGGGACCUUCAUGGAGGUACCUCUGAAUAGCCAUCCAAAUAACCGACAGGCUCCUUGAACCUUGGAGCACCCUUGGACCUGAUACCUUGCCAAGAGGUAAAACAGGAUCCAUGGAACCACGGCGCUGGCUCCCCUUAAGGCCGGGGCUCUUGGGGGUAAAGAGGUCUGGUACAGAGGACAGAUCGCAGCUUACAAGCCUGUAUGUACCGUUAUGCUCUUCAAAAAUAAAAAAGAGUGAAGUAAGAGGCAAACUAGUAACCUGCUAGAGGCUCUGAGUGAUCUUAAUCCUUUUCUGUGUAUAAGUCAUAUGCAAUAACUAGUGUUAGUAGUGUUUGGUAGGAGAACAAAAGGCUAACACAGUGAAUACAGGAGAUUAUACAAUGAUAACAUAAGCAUUUAUUUUAAAGUCAUAUACAAACCUGUUUACAUUAUAUUUCAUACUCUAUGAUGCUUGACAUGACUCUCAUCGAUGCAGUAGCAACUCCAUUAAUAAAAGGAAUCUUUAAAGGACUACUAUAGUGCCAGGAAAACAUACUCGUUUUCCUGGCACUAUAGUGCCCUGAGGGUAAAAAAUAGGGUUAACCCUAGCUGGACCAGGCACCAGGACCACUUCAUUAAGCUGAAGUGGUCUGGGUGCCUAGAGUGGUCCUUUAACAUACAAGAAUGCCAAACAAAAAAACCCCAGAAAAAUGGUGAGCAAAAACGACAAUUUAAUAAAAUAUCAAUAGGGAUAUCGAAACAAUAAUUCAGAGAUAUUUCCUGCUAUGUAUGCAACAGUGUAUCAACAAUAUGUAUCAUGCUAUAUAAAAUGCAUUUUAUCAAAAUAUAUGUGACAACAAUCUGUGUUAGAGUGAACUACUCCACAAGUAUUUUGAAAUAACAACAAAGAGUGUUGUAAAUAAUCAGUGCAAGUAUACUGUGUAAGCAAAUACUUCCUUAGUAUUAUAAUUAAUUAUCAUUAAUAAUGUUAAAAUUGACUAAUCAGUGUACUACAAUAUAUAUACAUAAUUUAAAUAUUAUAGAUAUAUACUUUGUAGUACAUUUUCAAGCCAUUUGUUUUGUGUGAUUUUUCCCCCUGAAUCUAUAGCUAUGGCCAUAAAAAAAAAAAAAAAAAUAUACACUGUUGCAUACAUAGGAGGAAAUAUCACUGUAAUUUUGUUUCGAUAAUCCUAUUGAUAUUUUAUUUAAUUAUUGUUUUUGCUCACCAUUUUACAGGGUUUUUUUUUUUAUCAGUUGGGGAUUGAACCACCAGUACCUAAUACCACCAGAGCAGGUCUUUUGCUCAGAAAAGUGUAAGUUGGAUACCUUUAUGUCAUAGUACAUUCUGAUUUUUGUAUUUUACCACUGUGUAAGAAAUGGGUUGCCUUUAAAAAUAUUUUCUAUUUAAUAUAUGUGCAGAUGCUUUUGUGGAGGUUUAUGUCUUAUUUGUCACAUAUUCUCUGAAGAAUAACUUUGUAAGAGGGUCAUCAUUUCCUUUAAGUGGAUUUCCUGUUUCAUGUAUUUUCAUUCUACACUCAGACCACUCAUCACUGCUGAUCAACUGAUAUCCUCUCAAAAGUGUGAGUUAGUUCACCUUUGUACUUUAACCCAACUCUACUAACUGGCUAUAUUGCACUUUUAUUUGUUUGUGUUCAUUUCUUUUUUAGAUUCAUGUAAUUGACCAAAAAUAAUCCUGUUUGGACGUGUAUGCAUUUUGAAUGUUAAUAUUGUACUUAAGGUCUGCUAUAUGUGUUUAAUAUCUCCCAUCACAUAUACACGGUGCACUUACCUAAUUUUGUUUUUGUUUUGUGUGUCAUUCUGUGCUUCCCUAGAGAUAAUCAUUCCAGUCAGUCAAACAAUGCCUACAAGAUGUCAGCCUUUUAUUACUGGGGACUUUAAGAGCUCUUUAAGUAGUGAACAAAUGUGUUCUUUGCCAUCUGCCAGACACCUUGACCCGCAUUUGCACCUGGGUCCCCCUCCUGUUAUCCUGAUUCCCUGGUAUACAUUUGUGGGAUGUGGGCACUAUUGCCCCUUUUGUGCCAAAAGGUAGCCCAUUCUGAAUAAGUUUGUUCUGGACAUUUCCUUAACGUUCUUUUGCCCAGAAGGCUCCAUGGGUCAAUGGCUUACUUUUUAUAAAUCACCACAUUGCUUAGCUUUUGCUCCUAUUGAUAUGUAAUGGUUGUUUCUACUUUGCUAUUAUUUCUAUGUUAGCUAUUUUUUUUCUGCAACUUAUUCUAUUUAUUUUGAAUACAUUUUAGGUUGUCCUUUUACUGUUUUUGUUAGAGAUUCUGUGCCUUAAUUUUGUGAUGCUGUAGUCAUGUAUGAUUUGUACUGGUACACCUAGUGUGUUGCCCAAAAAUGAGGGAGUUGGACUAGUAUUAGGUUGCUCAAAAACUGGCACAAAUAGGGAUCCACUAAAACCUACAAAGGAAUAACCAGAAAAAGGACACCAAAGGUGUCUAGGGAUACCAGGAGCUUGCCUAAAAUGUGGCUAAAAAAGCUAAAACAUCUAUAAAGGGGUAAUACUAUUAGAGGUAUUGUACCUUUAAGAGGGAUGCAAUACCUUUAAGAGGAAGUAAUAUAUCAGAACAACAAAAAAUAUAAGUGGACCCAAAAUAGUAAAAAGUGAAUGGAUUAAAAAAUCAUAAAAUAGAAAAUAAAAAUAAAAGUAAAAAUAAAAAUAAGUAUAAAAGGAAAGAUACUCACUAAAUAAUGAAACAUACAGGAGUUAAAAAUAAAAAAUGAUAAAAAAAAGUGCAAAAAGGAAUAAAAUAAUAAAAACAAUAAAGCUGAAUAAUAAAAUACAAAAUAAAUAAAAAAAAUAAAAUAAAAAAUAAUAAAUAAUAAAUAAUAAAAAAUAAAAAAAAUGCAACAAAGAAAAAGAACCACUGUGGUAAAUCUGGAACAGGAAUGUGCAGUACAAGUGACUCGAUUACUGCUAUAUAGCAGAAUGUCUGGCACCUGUACCAGAUACUAUAUGAUACACUUAGUAUCUAGUUGGAUGCAAACAGAAACAUGUAUCAUAUUAUAGCAAUACAGUAUAAGGAACUGCAGGCUAAAAUAUUCUUAUACACUGAAAUCAGUGUUAGAUAACAAGCACUGGUUCUCAAACUGGUUAAAAGUAUAAGCCAGUUUAUUAGGACAAAUAAUAUAAAAUGCAAAUAAGAUUAAAAAUUGCAAAAUACACAUCAGGAAAAGUUAAUCUCAUUAUUACCAGGUGGUAUGUUGUCAGACCUAAACAGAAACCUUCGGUACAGAUGAGGAUGGAUGUGGAUUAAAAUCUUAGCCGUUUGUGGUAAUACCACUGGAGAGGACAGCGUGUGAAUUCACACACCUACGAAACGCGUAAGACUGUAAGGACACACAUCAAGACUCAGUUCUACCAGACACACGUCAUCCACAGUCAGCAUCCUUCCAGGACCUAUUGGUUUGUGUAUCGCUACGAAGCCGUUCACAGCACACAUCCCUCCGGAGAGAGGCUCCGGCAGGGACGCUUGGUGAAUUCACACGCUGUCCUCUCCAGCGGUAUUACCACAAACGGCUAAGAUUUUAAUCCACAUCCAUCCUCAUCUGUACCGAAGGUUUCUGUAAUACCACAACAUACCACCUAGUAAUAAUGAGAUGAACUUUUCCUGAUGUGUAUUUUUUAAUUUUUAAUCUUAUUUGCAUUUUAUAUUAUUUGUCCUAAUAAACUGGCUUAUACUUUAUUAUUAUUAUUAUUAUUAUUAUUAUUGCCAUUUAUAUAGCGCCAACAGAUUCCGUAGCGCUUUUAACCAGUUUGAGAACCAGUGCUUGUUAUCUAACACUGAUUUCAGUGUAUAAGAAUAUUUUAGCCUGCAGUUCCUUAUACUGUAUUGCUAUAAUAUGAUACAUGUUUCUAUUUGCAUCCAACUAGAGACUAAGUGUAUCAAAUAGUAUCUGGUACAGGUGCCAGACAUUCUGCUAUAUAGCAGUAAUCGAGUCACUUGUACUGCACAUUCCUGUUCCAGAUUUACCACAGUGGUUCUUUUUCUUUGUUGCAUUUUUAUUUUAUUUUUUUAUUUUUUUUAUUUUUUUUAUUUUUUUAUUUAUUAUUUAUUAUUUAUUAUUUUUUAUUUUAUUUUUUUAUUUUAUUUAUUUAUUUUUUAUUUCAUUAUUCAGCUUUAUUGUUUUUCUUAUUUUAUUCCUUUUUGCACUUUUUAUAAUUUUUUAUUUUUAUUUUUACUUUUAUUUUUAUUUUCUAUUUUAUGAUUUUUUUAAUCCAUUCACUUUUUACUAUUUUGGGUCCACUUAUAUUUUUGGUUGUUCUGAUAGAUUACUUCCUCUUGAAGGUAUUGCAUCCCUCUUAAAGGUACAAUACCUCUAUUAGUAUUACCCCUUUAUAGAUGUUUUAGCUUUGUAAGCCACAUUUUAGGCAAGCUCCUGGUAUCCCUAGACACCUUUGGUGUCAUUUUUCUGUAGUCACGUAUAAUCUACUGUGUUAUCGUAUUAUAUUUUAAUUUGUUAAUAUUGAUUGUACUAUUGUACUUCUGUUCUAGUGUGACACUUUUCAUGUGGUUCACACAAAAAUUAGGCAUUUAAAAACAUCCACUUAUAGAAAAGAUAACACACAAUUCUAUAACCUGAUUCUUCCCUUUCCCCAUCUAUCAAUAGACUCCUUAAUCUGUUUAUAGAUUAUAAUCCCAUAUUAUUAUUAGCUGUUUGAGAUAUUCCUCAAUUUCUAGUGAAUCUGGAUUAAUUGUGUUGGGAGGAACUCAUAUGGGAACAUUUGAAAAAACAAAAAAAGUUUAUUUCCUCUAUCAAACAAUGAUUGUGCUGACUUAACAAGUACAAUGUUUAUUUUAGACUGAAAACACAUUUCUCAAUCUCACUUAUUUCUCCAAGUUGGCUUUUUGUCUUACAUUUUGCAAUUCUUUAUUUUUUUAAUUAACCACAUUUUAGUUUUUUUUUUCAUCAAUUAACCACCUGUACCACUUCAGUGGAAGAAUUAUCACAACGUUUAUUUCAAGGGUUCAAGAAGAAUAACAGUCUCCUGUUCUUGGCUUUGAUAUCCUGACCCAAUUGUUUUGCUUCCUAUCUGGGAUACACAUCCUAGUUCUUGACUCUGCUCGUGGUACCAAUAUUUUAAGAUCCUGCUGAUCUCUUGCCCGCAUACUUGAUGAACCUCUUGAUUCUGCUCAUAGUAAAAGGCAACAUCUAACUAUUAUCUCUCAUUCUUGAAUAGACCUCCUUCAUUAACAAACUAACAUAUUGUUAAAGAGACAUUCUUACUGUACUUACUGCAAUGCAUACACUUCAGAUAACUCAAUAUAUAAGUCAACAUCUGCUGAAUAUAUUCAAACCACUCUCUUACUUUACCUUUCUGCUCAACUUUGUGGCCUUAAACUUUGUUGUGAAACAUAUGUGGAUACUAAGGAUGAACUCAGCUUGACUUUCUCACUAUGCACUUCUUCCCUCAUUGUUAUAGAAGUCAUAAUCUAAUCAAUUCAAUUCAUUUUUAAGCUUAUUAUAUUGCUUACUAAAUGAAAGUUUGUAUCAUAACAAGUUAUCUACUUAUUGUGUAUGGGCUCAUAUGAGUUUAGGCAAAUGUAUCUAAAGUAAAAACCCUUCAUUUAUAAAGUUAUGUCUUUCCAUUAUCGCAAAAUAUACCACCAUAACCACCAGAAAACAUCACAAUGACUUCUUCUCUGUUUGAUAGAUGGAGGAAGUUCAAGAGGUUAUCCUGCUCUAAAAAUAAUCAAACAGAGGUAGAAAAAAAUUAAGCUUCAACUAAUAAAUACAUAAUUCAAAAUACAAUUAUCAUAAUUUCAUGCUAUUUUAUUAUUUGCGUUACGUUAAUACCAAAGUAAAUUCAGCACAUAUGUUUUAUUUGUGUCAAUAUGGGUCCUCACAGAAUGAUUGGCAAAAAAGAAAAAUCUCUUACUAUUUUUUGAUCAGUGGAUUUCUUUUCAAUGUGUCUGUUUCUCUAGUGCCUUCCCUUUAAAAACGGCUGGCGGGAAAGCCCAAAGUGGCCAUGUCACUCCAAACUCUUCAAAGUACAUUGAGGGAUUUGUAUCAGAAAGUGUUGCAGUCAUCUUUUAUGACUAAUUUAAAAACCUCCAUUUGUUUAAAAAUACAUAGGGAUUAGUGAUGUCCCGAACUGUCCGCCGAACCGUUCGCGAACUGUUCGCCGGCGAACAAUAGCGUGUUCGCGGUGGGCGAACACGCGAUUUCUGGUCCGCCCCCUAUUCGUCACCAUUGAGUGAACUUUGGCCCGGAACCUCACAGUCAGCAGACACAUUCUGGGAGGGAGGGUCUGCUGCUGAUUGGCUGGAAUGUGUCUGCUGACUGUGAGGUUCCGGGCCAAAGUUCACUCAAUGAUGACGAAUAGGGGGCGGACCGGAAAUCGCGUAUGUUCGCCCACCGCGAACACGCUAUUGUUCACUGGCGAACAGUUCACGAACGGUUCGGCGGACAGUUCGUGACAUCACUAAUAGGGAUGUGGAAAGAGUGCAGGUAACUUUUUUCUUUGGUUUUUACUAUAUGUAUUUUGGCUGAUAUGUAUUAUAGUCGUUGCUGCUCCCCAGGAGUAAUGGGAGUUUGAGCGCAGGACUAGUUUCUUUGUAUUUAAAUGAAAACUGGCAGAGUUUACUAAGAACGAAAGCAUAUUUUUUUAGAUCACUUUAAUAUAUAGGAUCAAAAUGAUGAAAUUUAAUCACAUUUCUGAAUACUGAUAAAUAUCCUCCAUCGUAUCUUCCUGCUUCUUCAAGACCUGAGUCAAAUAAUGCUAAAUGUAAAAUCUUCAUCUUUAACCCAGGUCUGGGUUUUAGCCAGGGUCCAUUACUGUUGGCAUAAUAACUAUAACAUUAAUAAAAGAACCGACCUUGCCAGUAUAAUGUUUGGUAUUAUAGUAUUAUAUUUUUAAUUACUAAGUCAUCUGGAAAACAUUUUUGUAAUGACAAAUUUCAUGAAAUGCUCAUUUUAACUAAAAACUAACCUUUGUUUUUAUCAAUACUUCUAUGUUGACCAUCAAAAUGAAUCUAUAUAAACUGGUCUUAAAAAGACCAAGGAGAUGAAAGUUCAGUUAAUGAUGACUUAACGGUGACAAUUCACAAUUUUAUCUGUCUGUCUGUCUUCUUGUCUCUUUGUCUGUCUAGCCGGCUACUAUUCCAUCUAUUGCUAGAUCCAUGUAUUAUAGUUCUAGGGGACUCCCCAAACUCUAUUAUUAUAUUACUCUCUUCCCUAUACAGGAUGGAAGAAGAAGUAGGGACUCUCUCUUGUUUGUCUCUUGUUUUUGCAACAAACAUAGUGUAUGUGAGCAAGGAGCAUAUCUAUGAAGUUUAAUUCAGAGGUGUGCACUGUCAUUUUUAUGCCAUCUUGUAGGGGAACAAACAUCUAUAGUUAAACGGAAGAUAGCCUUGGAAUCAGAGAGAGUAGGCUGUAGAUUCCAUUGACUCCUACAAGUGGUCAAUAAGGCUAUAAAGGAGAGAUAGAUUUAUUAUAAGCAGCAGUGCUGAUUCAUAAAUAAAGGAUACCGCACUCUCACAGUGAAAACCAGGUGCAUCAAAGACCGGGUUGGCAAAACCCAAUUUAGUAGAUAGGCCUCUGUGUAGGUCGAAACAUUGCACAUUCAGUUUUCAAUAAAUCUGCAUUUUUGAUGAAACCUUGAGUGCCUAGACCUACUUUCUACUUAUAUUUAUUAUAAGUAGCAAGCUAAUCACAAACUAAUAAGAGACCUUCAAGUAAAAGCCAUGUGUAGAGACCUGCCUACCACAUCACGUACUAUAAGUGGUAGUGAUGCUGCUGCAGAACAUAUCGAGAUGACAAGUUUCAGGUUAACCGAGAGGUGCUGCUAGUUAGUUCUAGAACAAUAUUCAAAACCCCCAAAUAAAUGUGAAAAUACUCCUAUCAGUUUACAGCAAAUUAUAUACAUAAUAUUAUAUUUUGCAGUAGUCUGAGGUAGGUUACUAAAUUAAACUCACUGAGCUCAUACAGUGGAAGUCCUCUAGUUGGAGCAUGCCAGGUUACUAUCGAGUUCUGAGAUCCAUAUAGUGUACAUGCAGAUGCAAACUCACCUACUUUUUUUAGUAGCGACAUGCUGCAGUCCUCCAUCCUGCAUAAAAUGGCAAUAAAAUGUAUUGAGCAUCUCCCAGAUGCCCAUUUGAACAGAGUGGUCAUGUUAAAUAAUUACCUUAUUUUCAUUAUACCUUUUCUUACACAGGCAGAAGUAAAAAUGUGGAUCAAUUCAGAUAUUGCUUGGGACUUUACUAAAUUUCUGAGUCAGUCAGUGGGGACACUUUUGGGAUCAUUCCAGAUCAAUUAAGAUUUAUUCAGAUAGGCUCCUUUUCAGAAUUUGAUUUGAAAAAUUUAGGUUUCAACUAAUUUGGUAGCAUAGUACAAUGCUGAAUUUCUGUCAUUUUCAUGACAUUUGAAAUGUUAAUUUGCAGAUUGGUGGAUACACCAUAAACAUACGACAGAUGUCUGCAAAAUACUGGAAGUUUUAUUUCUUUAAUUUUUAUAGAAAAAACAUUGUUUCAUGUCUGUUUCAUUUGCAUUACUUCUCUAAUCUGUAGGAAAACAGUGUCACGUAAGCUGUUUCCUGUUCAUUUCAGUUUAAACGAAGAAUGAAAGACAAGACGACCUGUAAGUAUAACUGUUCAAUUACUUACAAAAUCUAUACAUUACUACUUCCUGCAGUCAUUUCAUUGUCAUGGUUAUAUUUUCUUUAUACCUCUAAAGACUAUUAUAUAUAGAAUUACAUUGCUAAAAACAUCACAUACUGGAGUACUGACUCUCCUUGACUAGUAGAUUAAUUUCUUGAGCUUCUUGAGACGGGUAACUUCUAAAUACAAAUGCAUGCAGGAACUUCUAUAUAAAAAGGGCAAACAAUGAGAAGUGAAUUGUGUGACUUGUAUAAAUUUUAUGAAUUGCAUGGAAACUUUUUUUAAAUUCUAAAUUAAAAGAACGUUAGAACCUUACAUUUAAUGUGAUUUCCACUGCUUUAUGUAGAUAAUCGUUAAAACAUAUGUACGUAAAAGUAAAAAAAAAAAAAAUACAUGCAUUUAUUCAUCUUUCCCUAGGACCCUGCUGCUCCUCGUUUGAUAGCAAGGACACAGGUAAAAAUAAAUAAGAACACCAGUACUUUUCCAUACAAGUAAUUAAAAAAGUGAGCUUUAUAGCGCUUGUCUGACAUGAGUAUGGCAGCUUAAACUUUCCAAACCUGAGGCUCUUCUUUCUGUCCUUAGAUAGCUACUGUAAAAGAAAGAGGGUGCAGUAAAGCAGCACCUUCCAAGUGUCCUCAAGUCCAAGUAGAAGUAGAGCAAUAUGAGAGAUACGAGGAUAAGGGAAUGGAAUAUAGUGCAGUAUUUUGAUUACUGGUGAAUUAAAUUAGAGAAAUAGCACAAGUUUCUGGAGUUUAUAAUCAUCUCCAGAUAUAUGCACCUGGGUGGUACAAUCCCCACCGAUGGAUAAGCUUCUGGUCUUGGUCCUUUACUGGGAGAUGUUCCAAUAUCAAUAAGUGGUGUGACAGAACCAUCUGUCUGCUUGGAUUUUAAUUGCAUUCGUCUGUCUGUCUCCCGUUCGUAUGAAUGGCUGGUUUCUAUAGCCCAGCCAUUCGAAUGACUCUUUUUCCCGAACAAACCUGCCGAACGGACGGCCACCCAGGAGAGAAGUGUGCUGCUGGUUAACCUAUUGAUCCCAAUUAGAACGUUGUGGUUAACCGCAGACACUUCUCAAUUAAACCGAAUUCAGGGUGGUCGUCGUUCGUAUGUCGACCACGAGGCAGCGGCCAUUUUAAACCAAGCGAAAGCCCAGCGGUGUUUGGCUCUAUUUCUAUGGAACUAAAAACGGACACUUUUUCUGCCGAACACCGCUGAAACAACGGAACGCCUGGCUGCCUCUACGAAACCAUACGAACACCGGCCGUUCGGGAGUUUUGGAGCAUACGAAAAGACUUAACACAGAUAGCCUUCCCAUGGAGUCAUUCGUAUACCGAAAGACUGUAAGAACUUUGACUCCAUGGCGAUUGAACUAUGUGUGUGGGAUCUGAGCGCUAUUCGCCAAUAAUAUGCACUCAGAUCCAGGCUAUCUGGGGAUAUGUGAUACGAAUGGGAAAUGUUCGGUUUUUGUGAAGUUAUAUAUUUUUAUGUCUUUUGUGAUUUUAUAUUUAAAAUGGCGACUGGCUUUGUCCUGGAGUUAAUUGAGUUACUUGGUAAUUAACUCCAGGGCAGAGGGGAGGGAAUCAUAAUGCACUGUGGGUAAAAUCUGUGACUGUGUGUCUGGAAUGUCCCCAUAUCUGUCUGUCAUUUAAGUCUCCCAUUUGGUCCCCUAGGGGUGUGUCCACCAAGUGGGAGACCUGCAUAAAUACGGCCAGGUAGCCCACAGUAAACCCAGAUCCUGUUUGACCCUCAAUGCGGAGCUUCUGUGUCGUUAUUGGGGGGAUUUCUUCUUCACGUUUAGAGACUGCUGGAUGGAACGGAAGCCGCUUGGUGAAUAUUGUUGUUCGGCGGCUAGCAGCAGUUCGUGUAUUGUCGUUCGGGAGUUUGGAGCCGUUCACGAAUCUCGGUCGGGAGAUUGCCGCUUCCCCUGCAUUUGGUUCGUAUACUACAGAGGGAAGGUCUACUAAACGGCGGUUUUGCCUAAAGACACUGGAGGUGUCUUAACAAGUGGUUUCUGCUGAUAAGCAUUUAGGAGUGUUCUCCUUCAUUGCACAAUAUUGUAGCAGUAGAAAUUCUCUGGUAUAUAAAAUAAAAAUAAAAACAGAAUAUAGUACUCUCUGUGUUGAUGGAAUAAAAAUAAUAAAACAUGGUAUGCUCACAAAAUAAGAGCAUACAAGUUUUUUUUUCAAUUCUGACAGCGUAGGUGGUUGUAUUCCCCACAAAGGAAUUAAAAUUGCGAAUCCUCCAGAUAAAAUUUUCAAGGAUAAAAUCAGGGAGGUCCAAAAGGAACAAAAAGCUAAUUUAAUUGUAAACAAAUAAUAAAACCAAUGUACAGCAAAAAACUCUUGUAAAACACUUUGCAUUUUGCCAAAAUGUAGGCUUUCUCAAAGUGUUACAGAAUAAGGGUCCUAUUUAAAUAGCUUCACAAUCCACCAAAAAUGGUCAGAUGACCUCAUGUGACAGAAACAAAAUUAUCUUAAGACUUUAUUAAAAUACAUAAUAUAAUAAAGGGCUAGAGAGGGGUAUAAAUAUACUGUUAAAGAAUGUUAAAAUCAUGCAGAUAGAGGAAAUGGAAUAAAAUGAAAAUGGGAAGGAGGGAGACUAAGGGGUGGGGUUUGGGCAGAAAUUUAAAAAGCUAAUGGGGUGUGCACUCCCCUUUAAAACAAGUAGAGGAGGGAUAAUACAAGUAUUGUAGGAAGUAUUAUAAAAAGCAAUUAUGGGAAAUGUAGCAAAAACAGAGCAAUAAGAGAUAUGAAAAAGAACUGUGGGUAUAAGAACACUUUAAUAUGCAUUGCACAUUGGCCAGGUGCUUGGAGUGUCCCUUUAAAUUCAGAUUGAAUCAUUUCAAAAUGAUACAUGCGUUACCAUGGUGAGUGAGAUACAUUUAUAAGAUUAUUGUAUACUUUCUGAUGUCACAUUAUAAAAUGAAUAUAUUUACAGCUUUAUGCACGGGCUCGGUCCUGCAUUAUGAAAACCCACAAAUGGGAUCAGCCCUGACUUUGUCACUAAACCGUUGACAUAAAGCACCAUUGACUAUAAUGGGAUCUAAUAAUUAUGGUGUUUCUUUCAUAUGUUCUCUAUUUUUUUUUAAGUAAUAAUAAUAAAAAUAACAAUUGUACAUUUUUGUCAAUGUUUUAAGAGUCAAUAAUGUAUUAACAGUGUGAUAUAUAAGACAACUUUUCUGAGAGAUAUGGUUUAAUAUAAUUAUAUUGAAUUAUACAAUUAAAAUAACAAUGAUCAGUAUAAUAAACUGCAUCGAGUAGUGGUCAUUUAUUAAAAUAAAGGUAUAUAACUGAUAUAUAUUAGAAAAAUUCUGAAAAAUUCCUAAACAUGAACCAUGAAACAUUAUAGUAAGUUUGUCAAUACAGUAAUAGACCUAUGGGAAAUAUUUGUAAUGUAUGUAAAGAGAUAAUGUAACUGAGGAAGAAAAAAAAAUACAAAUAAAAAGGAAAAGAAAAGGGAAAAAAAAAGGUGUCAUAUCCAUAAUGAACCCUAAAAAUUUUUAAAAUAGUUCAGAAAGAAUUGUUUUGAGUGCUCUGUUAAUAUUGUUUGUUUAUUGUCUUUACACUCGGUACUAUUAUGUGUUUUGUUAUUGCCACCAAACUCGCCAGUGCCCCCAGUAGUGUCCACAUCGACCUCAGGGAUCCUCACAAUGGCCCCUGUCGCGAACUAACCCUAGUGCUAUUCGUCUAUACGAAACGUCUGCCACCCAGGGUAGCAUUCAUUAAUUACUUCCCUUGCCGUUUCACACUUAUGUUGCGAGUGCUAACAUUCUAAUUGAUUGGUGCAAACUUCUAAUGGGGCACUGGGGAUAUGAACAAGUUGGGAAACAAUCCACGAACGCUCCCCCUGGCUGACGUCCAUCUGUACGAAUGGCCGCCAACUGGAGGAGUGCUCAUUAAGGCAAUUCACGGGUAGGGAGCAGUCCCACCACAAAGACCUAUACAAUGAAACUAUGUCCCUUCUUGGGAUGAGCAUUGUGAAAAAUAUUCAGUUAGGCUUUCCCAAAUUCGGGACUUAGGCACUUCGGAACUUCGGGACUUUGGGUAAGUGUAGGGUUAGGGUUAGGGGUAGGGUUAGGUUAGGGAUAUGGUUAGGGUAUUGUUAGGGUUGGUUUAGGGUUAGGAGUAGGGUUAGGGUAGGGUUAGGGGUAGGUUAGGGUUAGGAGUACGGUAAGUGUAGUGUUAGGGGUAUGGUUAGGAGUAGGGUUAGGGUUACCCUACCCCUACCCUACCCCUACCCCUACCCUAACCCUACUACAACCACUAACCCUAAACCUACCCCAACCCCUAACCCUACCCUAACCCCUAACCCUACCCCUAAUAUUACCUCUACCACAACCACUAACCCUACCCCAACCUCUAACACUACCCCAAACCCUACACCAACCACUAACCCAACCCCAACCCCUAACCCUACCCCUAACCCUACCUCUACCCCAACCACUAACCCUAACCCUACCCCAACCCCCAACCAGAUGCCAACCCCUAACCCCAACCCUCUCCUGUUUUGCCAUUUUCGCACUUCCAAAAUUCGGCACUUCAGCAAUUCCAUUCGGUUCAGCAUUCUGAAAUUCAGCACUUCAGCACUUCGGAAAUUCGGCAGUUCAGGACGUAGGCACUUCGGCACUUCAGACAUUCAGAGAAUCUGCAUUCAGAACGAAAUGAAUUGCACAUGUCUAGUCCCUUCUUUACCAAUUUGUUUUUUCUUGGUUUUACAUGAGUAUAGUAAUUGUGGGUGCUUCUAUUACUAACAGGUCAAACAGAAUCCAUAUAAUAUUUUUACAUACAUGCAUACUGUCCACAGCUUUAAAUGCUGCAGGAUGAUGGUGACAUUCACGCAACUCCAGAAGAUGGGCCGUCACCAUGUUUCCAUGAAGAUAUUUUUUGUUCUAUUUGUUUCUCAAGGUAAAAUAAACCAUUGUUAAUGUGUUAUCAAUACAUUUUGGGCCAUAUUCCAAAAAUAAUAGUCAUCUUGUUGAAUGAUUUAAGAAGAUGUAAAUGUUCCAAUAGAAAGAAAGAAAGACAUUUUAUGUUUAAGGAAGUGCUUGGAUGACAUAGAGGGGGGAGCAUGAUGCACAGAAUUAACAUUAGCUAGCCAUAAACUCUCAUUCCAGGUUGGAUUGUGAUGCUGCCAAGGGUGGAGUUAGGGUGAUUUAUCUCUGUAUGAGCCUGUAUGUGCAAUGUUUCUUACUGAAACGAUGCGCAUAUAGACUCCAAUCACCAUUAUCACUUCAAAACAAUGAUUUGUGCUUGGAAUAACGCCUUAUUUGCACAAUUACCUAUUUUUCAUGCCAAUAUUUUAUUUUGUAGGCUGGUGAUAAACCCAAGCGAUAAAUCAUUUUUUUAAGUUUUCUACACCACUUUCCAAGCUAUACAAUUCACAUUUGUAUAAGAAAGUAGCACUAAUGAUAUUUGUAGCAAAUUAGAACUGUUAAACUUAUAAACAAACAUAAAUAUUCCCCAUUUAUAGCAGUAAUGGUUUAUGAACCUGAAAAUUUUUGUGAAAACUAAAAGGGGGGGAAGAGGUAGAUAUUUCUGACACAAACAGUGAUUCUCUACUUUGUAUUCAUUUACUGUACUUAAACAUUUCUAAUAAAUAUAUGAAUGUUAUAUUGAACAACUGUUAAUAUUUACAAUAAUACUAUUAUGUCUUCCUUAGGGUGGUUUUCAAAUUCUGUCUGUGAAGAUUGGUCGUUUACAUUCCCAGAAUCUAUUAGGGCACCGAAGCAUUCCAGUGUAACUAUUCCUUGUACAUUCACCUCUCCCGUAGGCUACAGUGAUAUCAAUAUCAUUUGGUAUAUUCGCAGCCAUUAUAUCUACACGCAAGUUUUCAAUAAGAAAGAUCCAUCUGCAGUGCUACCUGAAUUUAGAGGCCGAACGUCCCUCGUGGGAAAUGAAAUAAAUAGCUGCUCAUUGAGGAUUGAUGAUGUCAUCCAUGGGGAAAAUUAUUAUCCAGGAAUAAGUAACAAAAUAAACUCAUAUAAUCUCAACAAAGGCCAGACUGUAAAUGUCAUUGUCACAGGUGAUAUAUUUUAUAGUCCUAUAGUAUUAAAGACCUAUUACACGUGCCAUACAUUCCAUACACUUGCAGAUACAAUUUAAGAGUGAUAUGGAGGAAUUAAAGCCUGAGAAUAGAAACCUAAAGGUGUUGCAAUCACGGAAAGUCUUUCCUAACUCCUGCACGGUUUAAUUGUAGUAUUUAACUAAAUGUUACAUUUGAAACAAUCCCCUUAGCUAGACGCUAUGAGCCUUAAAGCAUGGCGUAUUAUAGAGAUUGCGGUAAAUACGAUGAUCAUUGUUUGCUUUGGGAUUUAGAUAGGUAGCCACUAUAUGUUGAUUUUGGAGUGACCAAUAAAGGGAAAAAAGGAGAGCUGUAAAAAAAAUAUUUGUUUAUAUAUUUAGUUAACAUAUCAUAUAUUAAUACUGAUGUUUUAAUGUUCCUCCUCUUUUUCACUGAAUUGGUUACUUAUUCUCAAUUGACCUCUGAACCAAUUAGUGCAAAAAUGUGCCAAUUAAUGCACUGCAAAUGAUUUAAUAUUUAAUAUGGAUGUUGGGCAAAAGUAACAUCCCCAGAACGUAUUUGGAAACCAGAGUCAUCUGAAUGCACCUUUCCUGGUUAAAUAUUUUGUUAUUAUUAUUCAUAUAAUGAAAAAUAUUUUAAUUUUGGAAUUUUUUGACUUUUUUAUAUCUCUUUUUUUUUAAUACUUGAAAAUUUUGAUAAUUUUUUUUUUUUUUAAAAAGCUAUCCAAAAAUAUGAAAUCAUUUGAAAAGUGUAUCCAACAAUAUUUAACAAUCAAAGGUUUAGGCUCAAUUUGAUAUUGUUGGAUAAGCUUUCCAGAAGAUAUAUUUUUGGAUAAACAUUUUAAAUAUUUUAACCUUAUGAAAACUAUGUACAACUUAUGAUAUUUUGAUAGCUUCAAUAGCUUGAAAAAAUGUUUUUAAAAGUUUAUCCAAAAUUAUUAAAUCAUUUGGAAGACUUACCUAACAAUAUUAGAUUGAUGUCUCAGUGACAAAUUCUGUAUUCAAUACAAAGGUGUGAAGGUGUGUAACCUUUCAGUUGUUGAGGUACAAAAAAAUACAAGCAAAGUUUAAAGAAAACAUAAAAAACUUGUUAAUUCAUGCAUAACAUUUACUAUUUAGUUGUAUCUUCAGUAGAUCAACUACAUAUUGAGAUAAUUGAGGCCUGUUGAAAUAUAAGUGUUAAAAGUUAUGGAGACCAAAGUACUGAGUAUGGGUAAGACUAUAAUGAGAUGAAUUCAAUGUACAAGAUGUAGUAGGGAAGUGCAAAGUUACACAGAGAUUUGUGUACAAAAGUAAUUUUUUAAUACGGUGCUGCUAGGCAAGACCAGGAGGAAAUUGCAGUAGUUGUUUGAAUGAGGCAGCUAUGUAAUUAAAGCAAUUAUCACAGCAUGUGUAUUUAAUGUAUUAAGUAACUUACAACUUGUAUACAUUACAUAUUUUCAGGUUGUAAUAAAUCCUGUGAACGUUGGUUGUUUAAACUCCACCAAAUAAUCGUUGCAUUGAGAGGAUCAUGCGUGGAGAUCCCCUGUUCGUACACUCCUCCAAGGAGACAUGAAGAGUUUAAUUUGAUUUGGUUCAAGUACCAUUUCACCAGCUACCCACAAAUAUUUAAUAACAAGACAUAUUCUGCCGUGGAAUUCGAGUACAACGGUCGAACCUCCCUGGUGGAAGAGGCUGCAAACAGCUGCUCCUUGAAGAUCACUAAUGUGAUGCAUAAUGAAGUCUUGUAUCCAGGAAUUAGUGAAGAUAUCAAUUCAUUUGAUCUCAAUAAUCGCCAAAGCACUAAGAUCCAAGUCUCAGGUAAAUAAGUAGAACACAUUUUAACUGUAGCAAAGAUAAUUACUUGGCUAAGGUGAACUUUUGUUUUUCUCUGGUCAAUUUUUCAUUUUCCCUUAACCACAAAAAACAUUUUCAGCAUUGUUUUCCUGCCUACUGCCCACUUUUAGAUUAAGUGAUUAUUUAAAAAUCGCCAGGGCAGAUAUGUUGUGUACAUUAUUUAGAGAACUUUCCUUAUUUUCUGUCCAUUGUGUUUUUCAAAUGGAUACACUAUUCAAAUUAUUCAAUAUUUUUGGCUAAAAGUUUAAAUUUAUUUUUUCAAAAUAUAAAUUUAUCAAAUAUGUAAUCAUAUAUAGAAAUAUAUAUUAAAAAAAUAAUUAUUAAAAUAUUUUUUACAAAUAAUAAAUUGUUUGAAAAGUUUAAUCAAAAAUAUGAAAUCAUUUAAAAACCUUACUAAAAAAUAUUAAAUCAAGUCCAUCAUUUACUAUAAUAAAGUUCUAACAGAUAAUAGUAGGGAUCUAAUAACGAACCCUUGCAAACUACGGCCUCAAUUUAAUAUUUUUGGGUAAGUUUUUCAAAUGAUUUAAUACUUUUGGCUAAACUAAAAGAUCAUUUGUUUUCAAAAUAUUAAAAUAUCAAAACUAUACCAGCAGAAUUUUGCAAUAACAAGCUUUCGGAGAGAACCUUACUUUCCAAGUCUAAAGCAUGGCUACAAUCUCUACACUAAAACUAUAUAAUAUAUAAAAGAUAUUAAAACAUUAACUUAAAAAACAAACAAAAAAACCUCUAAAUCUUGGCCUUUGUUGUUUCUCCAACUGCUUGAAUUUAGAAAUUAGUGUAUCAAUACUGCCUGUUAUUAAAUGUUUAAAAUUGUGCUGUCUUUCUAACACCUACCUCAUGCGCAAGAACAAAGCAUACAUCUAGGUAUAUUUUGUAACCUACACUGACUUUAGUGUGUCUCCCACUCCUUAAUCCUUCAUAAUUGAUAUUUGCAAGGUAUAAUAGCUUUCCCACUAAUUCUGCUACAAAUGAGUUAACUACAAUGAGCAUGUACAUUGUGCAUCCGCUGUUGCUACGGCAUGUUAGUAUUAGUAUUGUUGUUAAGAGAGCAUCAUAUGAGAUGCAAACAAAAAGCGCUGCGGAAAAGCGUCAUUAAAACAAAAAUAUGAAAACACUCUAUUUUCACUCUCUUUCUUCAGGGUGCUUAAAUUGGCUCUAAACUUGGCAGCCCUCUACUAUAAGCCCUUUACUAUAGACCAAUCAUGUCUCCAUAGAACUAUUUAUAAGCAUAAAGUUAUAUGGUCAGAUGUCAUUAAAUUUUUUAAAUUAAAUUGUGUAAAUAUCUAACAUUCAUAUUAAAGUCAACAAUGCUUAAGUGCAUGUUUCAACCUGAUAUUAACCUAAGAAAACCUAUGUCCUUGUUUGAUGCCAUCAAAGCUAUACAUUUUUCAAAAUAACCUUGUUCUUGGACAUUACGAGAAACAGGUUAGUAUAAUAUAUUUCAAAUAUUUACAACAUAGGUUUCUAGUGCAUACAGUUGAAGGUAACACAAACACACAAACCAGAGUCUCUCUACCAAUAUAAUGUGCACGGUAGAGGAAGGGGCUAUUAUGUAACGCAUGGGCAGUAAGAUCCUGGCCAAAGGAUGACUGGUCUUUUCUUCAAUAAGGUGCAUAGGUGCGUGGUGACCUCAGGUAGACAGGUUAGCUCAGGGUGGUAUUUGCCACAGCGGUAGACCUUAUAAACAUGUAAGCAAAUGCAGUGAUGGAUUAUGCAGAUAUAAACAGAAUUAAAAAUAUAGUGUACACUUCUAAAAACUAUAAAAAUAUUAAAACAAAGUUGGAGGGGUACUCACAAAGAAAGAGCAAAAAUAUUAUUUUGCUCGAUCCACAGCACUUAGAUGCACAUAGAUGCUACCCACUAAGGAAGACUGUAUCCAGGCUCCAGCAGAAAGGAUCAGGGUAAGUCCAAAAACAUAUGUUGAAGGAAACAUCUACUCUAUUAAACAAAAUAAAUAUAUAUAAACUCAAUCCAGGUAAAAAAAAAACCAAAAACAUUUAAGGAAUCCCAAGUCUCCACCAUGUUAGCAUGAAGGGUUAAUGCUUCCAAACACAUACAUAAAACACACACACAUAAGCCACAAACAAUAAGCAAUAUAGACAUAAACGCCAUACGUAAUACUUGAUGUAAGAAGUAUUAGGCAAAAUCAUAGCUUGUUUAUCAUGAUUAUUAAUGUUUAAACAUUCCUUGCAGAUUCAGUAUUUAUGUUCAUUAAAAUGCAGAAUAUGCAAGAAGGGAAGACCGUCAGUAUAUUCUGCACUGCACAGCAUACCUGUCCUUCCAGCCCACCUUCUAUAGAAUGGAACAAGGAUGGACAUCCUACUAGUGUGCAACAUGAAAACAUGACAAUAGGCUAUUGGAGAGUUCAUUCAGAAAUCAGAUAUACUCCUUCCUAUAAGGAUCAUAACACAUACCUGGAAUGCACUGCUACAUUUCCUAAUGGGAAACAAUACAGCGAAAAAGCGAUCCUAAAUAUUACAUGUAAGUAAUUAAUAGGUUUUGCUUUUUUAUUAAUAUUUCAUAGAUAUUAUGUGAUUUGACCAUAAACAUUAAAGUGUCAUUGUGUUAAUUCACUCAUUGAAAAUCUCACUAUUUACUCAGUCUCUAAAAGUAUUUUUGUUUCCUGUUUGGUCUGUAUAUAUGUACACUGUAAAAGGAAUUUUUUUUCUGUGGCACAGAAUAAGCUGUAACCAUAUCUUGGUUCACUUGCUAACCUUUGCACUCAAAAACUGCAACCACCUUGGCAAUCUGACAGCUUUAAAAUUGCACUGCCAUGUCUUAGUGCCACAAAGAUAAAAUGUUUAGAUUCCGAUCUCAGAUAAAAUGCAAACAAAACUAAAGAGACUAAUUUCUUACAUGUCAUUUCUUAGUAAAAUGUAGCAAUAGAUUGUUUGUUCACAUCUGUCCAUUUUACAUAAUCAUCAUAAAAGAUGGCUAAUGGCAAGAGCUAUUUUCUCACAUGAUGCUGCUGAGAUAUUUACGAUAUUUCAUGAAUGAUCCUGCAGUCUUGUAGAAUCUUCUGUAGAUGCCAUGUAUUGAACUCUAAUGUGUGUGUUGGAGUAUAAAGAUGACAUGGUCAUUAACAUCUCCAUUGGCCCGGAGAUGAAGACAAGAUAUUGGCAGCAAAAAAGUUGAAGAUUUAGGUACAUUUUUUUUCCCCCUUCUCCUGAAUUCCCAUGAAUUCCACCAUGCAAGAAGACAUGUAAACCGAAAAAAUAAAAACUACCCUUAGGUGAGAGUGUCAAGUCUUACACUGAUUUAUAGGUAAAAAUCAUGCAAAAUGUAAUAAGCAAAAAUAUAUGUCAAGAUACUUUAUGAUUGUAUCAACCUACUUUGUGAGUAAUUAUGGCAAAUACACUUAUCUUCUGGAGCAUCGAAUUUACCUCUCAUUGCCUCACAAUGCAUUAUGGCAGAACAUAAUCAAAAAUUGAAUUAUCACUGUUGCAUUUUUUAUUGUAACUCUUCAUAGUUGUCAGACAAAAGUGUGAGAUGUGGCCUUGGAGCUGUGGGGACACAAACCCAGAUAGAUCUUUUUUAAAUGAUCACAAUCUGACAUCAAUCUAACCUCAUUUUAAUUUGAUUAAUUCAGCACCAGAAAUGAUUUAAAUUUGUUGGACAAAUACUUUUCAAAUGCUUUAUCUUACAGAAGGCCCCUUUAAAGUCUAAUGGGAUUUGUUUGUAGAACUUGAAACGUUUUUCAAAAAUAGGCCUUAAUUUAAUAUUUUUGGCUAAGCUUUCAAAUUAUUUAAUACUUUUGGAUAAACAUUUAUGCUGAUUUAUGAUAUAGUGUUGAUAUUUUAAUAUUUUUAACAAAUAAUUUUAAAAGUUUAUUCAAAAAUAUUUUAAUUGAGGCCAGAUUGUGAUCAUAAACAAAAACAAAAUAUCAGAGUGAGUCUAACCAACAUUAGUUUGCUCUUGUCUGAACAUCAUUAAAACUGGUGUUGGGUCUAACCCUAAUUCCUAUAUAUACUGACGAAAACCCACCCUGUGUACACAGAACCAGAAGGUUUAAUGAGAAUAAAGGGGUAUAUACCUUUAAGAAACAAAGCAUUUACGUAGUUUCCCAUUUUGACAGACUAUUUUCCAUAGUUUGAUAUAUCUAAAUAAUUAUAGUACAGAAGAAAAGGAGAUCGCCCUACUCUGACUUUAUUGAUUUGUGAUGCCAAUGGGAGAUCUCAUUUAAAAUAAAAAUUAUAUUCUAAUUACAUGAAGGUGAUGUGGCUAUCAAUCUUGUAUUUAGCCAUUAAUGGUUUAAUUCCUUUGCAAGCAGUAAUUCUCCAGUAAUGCAUCAUCUCGUCUCCAAAAAGACAAAUGUACCUAAAAUUAUGAGUGGAGAAUUUACUUCUGGUAAUUAUCUCUCUGGGGAUUUCACCUCUUUUUAUUUCACCCUCAACAUCAAUGAAAUGAUAAUUCAUACAAAAGAGGAUAGAAAGAUUGUCAAGAUUAUUAGUCAUUCUAGCAUAAUCUCACCGGGUAGGCCGAAAUGUUGAUCAAAUAUGUGAUUGCUCCUUUUUGAAAAUAAAUUAUUUGUUAUACUAUCCUGAAAUCCUGUGAGUGUGUAUAUAUAUAUAUAUAUAUAUAUAUAUAUCACUAGAUAGUUGGAUAAUACAGUGGUAUUUGUGCUUGAUAUUUUGUUUAAUAUAUUUUCUAUUAGUUAGAGAUAGAAAAUCAGUUAAUUUAAAUGUUGUAAUUUUGUUGAUUUGUAUUUAUUUGAUAAUAUUAAUUAUUUUUGAUCAGUUUCUCCAAAGAAAACACAUAUCAAUAUACCUGGGAACAGUUAUGUAAAAGAAGGAGAUAAUGUGACCUUACAAUGUGUAACUGAGGCUAAUCCUGCCCCCUCAACCUUCAGAUGGUACAAGGUUGUAGAAAAUUCUACGGUAAAGUUGGAAGAAAUUGUUGAAGAGUUAAAAGUCUGGAAUGUAACCCAGGAGACCAAGUAUUGCUGUUCUGCAAAAAAUGAAUUAGGGAUGGGGUAUUCCCCCUUUAUGAAUAUUGUUACGCAAUGUAAGUAUAGAAGAAAAAAUCGCUAUUAA